AUGGAGGCCAAGAAGGAGGAAGCGCCCAUGUGCAAUGGGGAGAAAAUCCAGGGGGAGGAGGCAAAGGAGACACCUCGUGAGCUGUUGACUAGGGAUGAUCAGCUUCGCUUCAAAUCUAGCAAGAAGACUGAAAGAAAGAGAGGCGGCAAGAAAGGUGGGAAGAAGAAAAGGAAGGGAAGAAAGGGAAGAAAGGCACGAGUGAGCCGUAAGCGCAAGAUUCUCAAACCCAAUCAUUCAGCCAUGGAUGAGGCCAUUGAGGCCAGUGAGGGUCAUGAGAGGUCAAAGAUCGCAAAAAAGACACCAAGUGCAAGCUCUAGCUCAGCUGCUGCGAAGGCAACCCAGGAGACGACAACAAAGAGGAAAACUCGUACAAAGGACAAAGCACAGCCCUCAGCUCCAUCCAGACCCAAUGCCAAGUCUGCAAAGUCUUCAAGCAGCAAGGGGAAGGGUGCGACGGCCAGCCCGAAAGAACCUGCCAGCAAAAAGGCCAGCGGUAAGGCCAAGGCAAAAGCUCGUGGAAGACCGCGCGUAACGGUAGACGGUCAAAACGAGGCUUGGUUGACAGCGCAAAUGGGAUCGCCCUUGUACAAAGAUGAUCUGGUCAUUGAACUUGCAGACUUUGCGGCGGGGUUUGAUCCCAAACUGUCCAUCAAAGGUGACAAGUUUAAGGGUCUUGCACGGGGAAAGAUGGACAAGUUCUCAGAAUACAGAAUCAAUGCCUACUGGACUAGGGCCGGUGUUGGUGUUCAUUCCCUUUGUGAUGGAAACGAUGUGCUUCACUUUGCCUUCAACCAAACUUCGGCCUGUGAUGUCCACAAGAUGACUGUGGCCCUCAAGUGUGCUAUGAUUUCUGCAGCAGGAUUCGAGAAUCAUGAGCCCUACGAAAAGGAUGGCGAGUUGAACUUGCAGCUCAAGCACAACGCCUUGCUUGCCCUGUACCGUUUGGGACAACUGUCGCCUGAACCGGAGCAUGGUGCAUAA